UUGGUUAAUUUCAGUUAGUUACACCUUGCGAUUUUUAUUUCCGAAAGUGAUUUCUGCAAAUCUGCAAAAAGGACUAUCUGGUUGUUAACACGGGAAAGUAGACUUUCGAUUUCGCAUAUUCAUAACAAAAUGCGUAGGAAAAGCGCUUGCGUUGCCACGUCUAACAGCACUUUAAGAAUAAAACUUUGCGGUUAUAGUUUGAGAGCCGUCGAAAACGCUAAAAAUUGGAAUGGUACUGUAUUAGUCAUAAAUAGCCCACCGGUUGCCGGGAAACCAAAAUUGGAAAUAGAGGGGUAAUUUUCAAUUUACUUCACAUAUGUAAGUUUCAAUAUUUAGAGGAAAAUUAUAUUUUGUAGCAUCUUUUUUUAAUAAAAACAAACCCAUCUUAAAGAGGUAAAUGGCAUUCAAUCGACGAUUAUCCUUCAUAGCGGAGUGGUAUCAGGAGGAGGCAGCAAUUAUACGCACAUUCACUAUAAUUUUUUACCCAACCGGCAAUGCAAUUGAAGUGUAUGAUCAACAACACAAACGCACUUUCCUACGGCGCACCAAAAUGCCUGAGUUGUCCGAGCGUGAUUUUUUUAUUGGCUCAAAAAUUAACAUUUUCGGAAGACAAUUUGAUAUAGUCAAUUACGCUGAUGAAAUAACGAAGAACUCGCUCCACAAAUAUCGCACAAAAACUUUUCUGCUUUUAAAGAAUACCUGCGUUCAACAUUUGGGUGCCGUACUCUGUGCUCUUAUCGAUUGUAAUUUUAGUAUUAAUAGAGGACUUAUGGUGCAAUUCACACCCGAGCAGGUGAAGGCCUUCUUAAGAAAUAAACCAAAUGUUGAAGCUUCCAGCUCGCUAUUGAACCAACUAAUAGGUGGUCCCUCUAUGGGCUUCGAAGUCAUUGCCGAUAAUGCAGUACAGAAAAUCAAAUCCUGCCAGGAACAAAGUAAAGAUUGUUCUAAAGAUAACACUAUUGCCCCGCUUGUAACUUUAUUCGAACGGGAAGACAUUCGUUUAAGCAUUUAUUGCUCAAAUAACGAAGAGGAGGCAGAACAGGAUAUUAGUUUCUUUUUCAAUCAAAAAAAUGGCUUGCAGGCCACACUACAACUGAAAAAUUCUACAUUGGCCAUUAUAAAACCGCAUUGCAUUAAAGAAGGGAACUUAGGUCGAAUAAUAACUGAGAUAACCAGUAACGGCUUUAAAAUUGCUGGUCUUCGCAUGAAUUUAAUGGAGCGCGUGAAUUGUGAAGAAUUUUUUGAAGUAUACCGUGGUAUUUUGCCAGAAUAUAUACCAAUGGUGGCACAACUUGCAAGCGGUGUAAGUAUGGCGUUAGAAAUCGUUUGUGCCGAUGAAAAUAAAAACUCAUACGAGGAAUUUAGACAAUUUUGUGGACCAAUGGAUCCGGAAAUUGCAAAACAGCUGCGUCCGCAUACAUUGCGUGCAAAAUUUGGAGUUAAUAAAACAUUAAACGCGGUUCACUGCACAGAUUUGCCGGAUGAUACCUUACUGGAACUGCAAUAUGUUUUUAAAAUUUUAGAUUAAAUUUAGAUUUAAUGGUAUUUAAUGGAAUUUUUAAUAUGGAAUUUUUUUAUGCAAACUAAAUGCUAAUUCUACGACUGCUGGAGCU